AUGGGUUGCGCGUGCAGCAAGGGCGCGUACGCCACCGCGUACGAGGACGUCGCCGGCUCGAAGAAAAUCGCGCUCGAGUCGCCCGGUCGCCUCGGGUGCAGGUUCGCGGGCGUCAAGUUUCCCCACGCCGGCGUGGAGAACAGCGGCAAACACAGGGGAAGCGGCAAGCUCGUGCUCGUGGACGACGCGCUGCACUUCUGGCUCAGGUGCAGCGACGUUUACUUCUCCGUGGCGCUGAGGGAUUGCGUCAAGGUUGAGCUCAAGGACGCGUGGGGCGGGGUGAGGGUGCAGGCGACCGGCAAGGAGCGCGACAGGACCGCCAUCCUUGUCGUAACGUUCAAGUCGGAAGGGGGGAAAUCGCUUAAUCAGGCGGGGUUCGUCGUGCUCCCGGCGCAGAAACAGGCGUGGCUGACGAAGACGCGCCAGGCGGCGCUCGACGCGGGCGGGUUCAGCAUCGUCGAGGGUCGCGCCCGACCUCGGGUGUAG